CCCACUUCGUCCAGGCAGCGCGUCUUUCCUUUCCACUCGUAAUAGGCAUGCUCAGCAGAAGGGCGCUGUGCAGUGCUCUCAGCGUCUGAAGCUGGGCGCAGGGGAACUGCAACGGCCGCGCCAAGCAUCUACUAGUGAUGGCCUCCGCCGAGCUGUCGUUCCACCAGCAGCGCUGUGCGUAAGCGACACAAGCAACACCUUUGCCCCCCCCCUGCUGCCACGAAGGACAGAGAGACACGCACCACCAUGUACAGUGUGGAGGACCUUCUCAUUUCUCAUGGAUACAAACUGCCCAAGACAAGCGUCCCCUGCCCCUCUUCAACCUCAUCCGCCACCACGCCUUACGACAAGAAGCUCCACACCGCCAGCGAGUGCCAACGUGACGUCCCAGCGCCAGAGAUCCUGAGGCCUGCUCGUGGCGGAUCGCUGAAUGCAUAUGAGCAGGCUGCUGACAGGGGGGUCUGCGUCUUCAGCAGCAGCCGGCAGGCGCUACUGGCGAAGGGCUACCCCAACGCCGCUGACAAUGAGAGUGGCGGGGAAAAGAACCAAAGGAGAAAAGAACCUGGCAGCGGUAACCUAGGUGACAGCCUAGCACAGCCCCUGGGUGAUUCUCUCGCCACGGAUAGCGGGUUCUACGACGCACCCAGUUUGACAUAUUCUGAGCAGAUUGAGAGAAGAGAGCAGUUGGACGAAAGGGAUGUCUCCUACUGGAGGAGGAGGGGCCAGGAUUUCAGUGUUCUUCUGGAUUACGCCGAUGGCCGGGAAUUGAGGGCAUCUGCUGGCUUUCUGAAGGCCUCAGAGGCAGCAUGGCGACCACAGGCCUUGAUUGCAGAGGACCACAGGGUGGAGAAGGAGAGGACACAGCAGCAACAGAAGCCACUUUGGGAAGACACCUCUAUCUCCUGGCUGAGAGAGGCCGAUGCUGCUCCUGGACAGUUGAGGGUCAUGACAGGGGUAACUGGGGAGCGGAAAUGCCAGAGCCUGGGCACAGAGGAGUGGAAGCCUGCAGUCGGGCUGGGGAGGCAGCUGUCGGAUGGGGAGGGUGAGAGGUGGGCCCAAGAGCAACUGCAGCGCCUAAGGACACCAGAGAGUUCUGGUUCUCUCCUUCCCAGAACCAGAGGGAAGUCUCAGUCCCUCCCCAGGGUGCUGUCGCCUGAUGGAACUACUGAACCCACAGACACACAGUCCAGCUUGGUCAGUGUCCAGCUUCGACCAGGCCAGGUUGAUAGACAAAGAGUUAACAGCACCGUCUUUUCCGGGCCUUACAGUCGGUAUUACCACAGCGCUGCAGUUGGCCGGGACCGGUGGGCCAGGAAUAGUUGGCAAAGCGGUGGUCAAGUUGCACUUUUACCAAAGCCCAGGUUCAGCAGGCCUGUCAAGCCUCCGUCUUACGAGAUACACCAGCAGACUAGGGGUAGCCAGGAGACGCUCGCUCUAGCUGUAAUAGAUCAGCAAGGGGCGUCCAAACAACACAUAGAAAACAAGCCUGUCUAUUGCCCAAGGGGUGGAGAAAUGCAAAGACAAGAAUAUUUGGCACAACAUUCUGCUAUCUUUGGCAUGGAGCCCCCUGGUUACAUCCCGCCCCCGUCUUAUAAGAGAGCCCCACCCCCAAUCAGGGGAGUCCCAAUAAAUCGCAACGAAGUCAUGAACUAUAGGUGGAGGGGGGAGAUGCAGAUACAGAUGCCUAUGAGCUCAGAGGCGCGAAAGUGGUUUUCCAGACAGACAGGAGGGUCGUGGCUGGAACAUUAUGGGGAUCGAGGUAUAUCCUACCGGAAACAGGUUAACCCUAACCCAAACCUUAACCCUGGAUACAUGGAGGAACAUCUAGGGCAUGUUCACUAUUUACCCUUUGAUGAUCCACGAGUGAGACAUAUCUCAGGAGGGCCUGGCGGAAAUUCUCUCACUGACUCUGACAAGUUGAUCCGAAACAUUAACAAAGAGAUUCCCUGCGCUAAGGUUUUUGGACAAUCUACACAUGAUAGUGCCUUCCCCCCCCAACAGGGGCUAUCUCUCAACACCGACAGCCGCAAAACAUCUCUCAAUGACAACGACAGUAGUAGUACUAGAUGGUGCAACAGGGGUUUAAUAAACAAAGGAAGUUUAGACAGUGUUGCUCCAGAUCAGAACUCAGCUUUUCAGGUUAGACUGCCUCAGCAGCAGGUCAGGCAUGUAGACCAAGGUCAAUGUGUGUCAGAAAAUGUAACUAUAGUGAAAAAAUCUGUCAAUGAGUCUGGCUACUCAGAGAAAGAGAAAUCAAGAAAGCCUGACUUAGAGAAAGCUGAGAAGGCAGAGAAACCAGAAAAAAAGAGUGUAAAAAAGAAACUUAGUGAGACGAUAUUCUGUUUGGUGUCUGUUCCCAUCGCUCCUACACCGGGGGCUAUAUCCCGUGAUCAAAAUAACAACGACGAGAAGCCGCCAAGCCCAGUCAGGCCACCUAGCCCACUUCGUCCACCAAGCCCAGUCCGGCCACCAAGCCCAGUUGACAGUCCGAGUGAGAACAAAACAGGCCACUUAACAAACCAAAGUCUCCAAAGCACAUCUUCAGCAGAAGCUGAGCUGCAAGCACUAACCGGUAGCAUAGCUAGCAGCAGAUCAAGCAGCAAAAUAGUGAGAAAACCACAUUUUAAGCCUCCAAAAAUAAACCAUCACAAGGAGCUAAAACUCUCUGGUUCCUGGCCUGGUAACCAAUACCGGGACCAGGAGACCCAAACUAGUCCAGAGGCCCGGAAACCUCAUCCUCCCCCUCCUCCAGGUCCUGAAAACAAGGAAGCACAAGACCCUCACGUUCCUGCCCCGGGCUCUUCUGACGUCAUCACCCCAGACCCCAGCAGUGUGGGCAGCACUGCAUUCAGCUAUUCCAUAAAAGGGGUGAAGAGCCUGAAACCAUCCAGCAACAGCGCCUUUUCCAGAACAGCCACUUUCUCAAUCUCCAGCCAGCUGAACAAGAGCACAGCUCAGCCGCCAGCAGCAGCUGCACCACCACCACCACCACCACCACCCUCAGGAAACAUGAUGGAGGAGGCCAAACCAGCAGCAGCCUGCAGUGGGCAAGAGGCUUUCGGUCAGUUCCUGCUGAAGCCCGUCAGCAGGCGGCCAUGGGAUGCCAUCGAGGAGCUAGAGACUAUCAACAAAGAACUCCAGGAUCAGCAGCAACAGCAGCAGAGCAGCAAGAGACCCAGUGUUGACCAGUGCAUCGAGGACCUUAAUGAGGCCUACAAAGACAUCCUAGAACUAGGCACUGCCAGCAAUAAUGUUCACAACAAUGGCGGUGCUGUACAGAUCCCAGAGCGGAUCAAGAUAAGGCUGGCGGGGGAGGUGGGCCUCAGCAAACCCAGCAGCCUUAGGCGGAGUAUAGAGAGCUGGACUGUGGCUGUUGACCCAGAGUACAGGGAGGUUAAGAGCGCCUUCUCCAGACCUGCUGAAAGAAAGUCUGUGACUUUCAGCAAGCAGCUAAGAGAGGAGCUCCCCGUCCCGCCACGCGAGCCUACGGGUUUCAGAGAAUACAGGGUUGUUUCGAAUUUGUCACAGAGGAGAAGUAGCUGCAGUGGCAGGACGGUGAAGCUUGACCUCGCUUCACCUUCAGAGACGCCGCCGCCUUGUGACUUCACUGGUCCUAGUGACUUCACUGACGACUCUUGUGAUCCAAGCGAGACCAGAGACUUUAGCCCAACAACGCCGCUAACGCACACCGCAGCCGAGGUUCCCUGGGCAGAUAGGCAACCAAUGCAGGAUGCCUCCACACUUACAAGUCCCCCUGACUAUGAGGACAUAUGCCAGUCUUUACAAAAGACCCGAGACUCAGACAAAAUGUUGAUGGCCAAAUCUAAAUCUGGUGGUGGUAGUGGCAAUACAGAGUCUCCGGGGGGCGCCUUUGUAGACUCAGAAGAGGAAUGCCCCAUUUGUAAAAAAGAGAGUGAGAGCCAGAUGACCAGACCAAGCCCAAUGUCACCACUCCAAGAGGAGUCAAGCCCAGACUUAUCUGAUCAAAGUAGCGCAACAAUUGUCGGCGACAGUGGCAGUCCACAUGUUGCUGAAGCAUCUGAAGAACCGGCUGAGGAUGAAGACAUGAAGAAAUCCCCUGAAUAUGUCUCAAAUCAUUCAGAGACUCAAACUUUAUGUCCCGAUUGGAGUGAACAACUGUCACUUACAAAUGAGAAUGUGGGUGAGACUAGUGCUGCUGCUGAGAUGACCAACCAAAACCAAGCUUUAGCAGUGGCAGAGGACCUCAACAAUUUAUACGUAGUGAUAAGUUCAGAUGAAAUUCCAGAGAAUGAAUCCAUAGAGGAGAGGGCAGCCAGGAUUUUAGGGAUUGACGUGCCAGUAGAGUCCUUAGUCACAGGGGAGGACAGGGUUAGCGAGACAGCGACAGAGGACAUUGAAUUUAAAGAGAGUGGACCUACUGCUCGAGAGGAACCAGCAGAAAGCAGCAGUGCAAGGGAACAAACAGUAGAUGUGAGAGCUGUAGAAACUGACAGGCAUGAGGCAAAAGAGAAGGAUCCACCACAGGAUACUCCGGAGCGCAUCAGGAGUGCCAAAAGGACCCAUCUGGGUCGAGAAACUCAAGGUAUGCAAGAGUUUCCACCUGACAGACUACCGCUUUCCAUUCCCAUCAACCCCGACCUUAAGCUGUCCCACAGUCUGGAGGGAGAGAGGAGGGCCAGAGGCCCCUCACAGCGUAUAGAAGCUCUGCAGGAUAAGCUGUCUGCCUCGCCCAGCCACCGGGUGGCUAUGGAGCGCCUGGCACGGAUGAAGGAAGUGGACUCAGUGUCGCGCAUGAGGCGUCUCAGUAUAAGGAGCACUGACUCUGGGGAGACCGACGGGGCGGAGGGGUUUGCCAGGGAUUGCAGUGGGCAAGUGGAAGAGCUCACCCUCCCUGCUCCCUUGCAGAGGGGUACAGUGGAUGACAGAGAUGCGUCUGAAGAUGCAGUGUUGCAAAAAGAGGAGGUGUCACCUCUCUUAGAGGCCUACGACCCAAGCCAAGUGGAGAAAGUGUAAAGAGACUAAGAUGCCCAUCAUCUUUCUCCACGUGAGGUUUAGCUCCCUCCAACACUGUGACCUGGCUGCCCACUAGAAUGCCUUCAUCUCAUCCCAACACAGAAAUGGCCUUCUUCUCCGACAAGAGCAUUGUGUACACCCUCAUCCUCGGCUUCGUUCAGUACUAACAGUACCAAGUGUUCUACUGCCAGAAGGGAGGUGUCCCCCCACCUAGGGGCAGCUUCCAACUAAACCCCCUUCUCCUCCCCACAAACCCGUUUCUCUAAUUGGGUUUUUUCCACUAGUGUGUGUCACUUAAGGCACCCUACUGACUCUGUAGUGCACCACUUUUAUGCUGGUCCCUGCUUAGGCGGUGCGUUAUUUGGAGAAUUUGGUGCCAUUUGGGACUGUACUCCUAGUCUUCUUGUAGCGGCUUGUCUUUCUCCUUUUAUUGUACUCUCCCAGAUGCUUUUUAUUGGCAGACAUUAUGCAAUUCUGUCAAGCGUAUAACAACAACAAAAGAUCCAUAGUGAAUACGGUUUGUUGACUCAUCAUUCACAUGCUGUAUGAAUCUGUUUGUUUAUGGGCGAGCUGUUUAGAUACGAAUGUAAGCACCUGUGUUAUACACAACAAAGUAGACAUAGGGAGAAUAAUUGUUAUAAAAGCUGUUCUGUUACAUUCAGAGUCGAUACACCAAAUUAGUUGCAUUUGAUUGUUAUUAUGGAGAGGUGAGAAGAAAUGUAUUAUAGAGGAUAUCUAUGUCUUUGGCUCAAUAACUGUUUUCCUUUUCAGAAUUUAUCAAUCAAACAAUCGAUCAAUCUAUUAUUAUUUUGAUACACUGUGGCCUGUCUGUCUCAUUGCUUUCAAACUCUAUAUUCAUAACCCAUGAGGCUCAGAGAACAGUCUCUUUACUUACUGUAUUUUUCAUACUGGUAAAUCAGUCAUGUAUUCUGUGAGGCAUUGGUUCUACGUUAUGGGGGAGGGGGGUUUCCUAGUCUGACUGGCAGCAUGUUUGUUUUAUAUUGCCAACUCCUUUUCAUUCACUUAGUGGCUUACAUGGUUGGGGUCAAUUCCAUUCAAAUUCCUGUCUAUUCACAAAAGUGACAUAAUUACAAUUCAAGGUUUUCCUAAUUGAAAAGCAUAAAAGAGAAAUGUAGUUGUGUUUUCAGCACACUUCCUGAAUUGGAAUUGACCCAAACCUUGUUGAAUUGAGAAUGGGCAGUAGAGUCGGCAAAAACCACUCUGGAACGAGGUGUUGCCUUCCGUAUCCAGAUCCAUAUAUAUAGACAUAUAUAGACAUAUAUAUGUGGUGUUAUGCUCUAUUUCCCCAGGUAAUUUCAGGAAGCAAUAAUGGUAUGGAGUGUGGUAGUUUGAAUAGUUAACAAGAACGAUAUGGGAACAGCAAUAUUGCCAGAUAAACAGUCAGUGGAGCUGGGAAACAUUGCCAAAUGUGUUACUGUACUCAUCUCACAUGGCACACCAUUCCCUAUAUCAGGGAUGGGAAACUGGUGGCCUCUUUUUGUAUGACCGCUGAUCAGUCUUCAAAAAUGUAUUGUAUUUUGUACAGUAUAAACAUACUGUUGAAAGCUAUUUCUUUUUUACGUUGGUCUAGCGGUCAACUAUCUAAAAAUGUGUAGUGAUCUUGGUCAAAUGGCCUACCGGAGGGGCUCCAUUGAUUUUGCGUGUCGCGUAAAUGAACUAGAAACAUCUCUCCACCCUAUGGCAGAAAGUGUCGAAUUGCAGGAGAUUGUGUAGAACAACAUUUUGCUUCGGGACCCUAAAAAGCUAGGAUCAGUGUGUGUAUUUAUGGGAGUUUCUCUGUGGUCCCCAUCCCAAUCGAAGAUGUCCAUCUCUGCCCUACAUAGUGCCCUACGUUUGCCCAGAGACCCAUGGGCCCUGGUUAAAAGUAAUGCACUAAAUUGGGAAUGGUGUGCAAUUUGGGAUGGACCAUUUUGACAAGUCAUUGUUUCAAUCACCCUGUAGGUACAUUGCAGUGUGUCAGGGUACAUUGGUGUGUACUGUGGGCGGGUGCUCAUCUCAUUGGAAAUAUCAGUGGCCGUUCAUGUGUAUCAUGUGAAGAAACUACGUCUGUGGCUGAAAUGGCAUGCUAUUCUGUACUGUGUACACUACUCUUCACCAGGGCAUAAUAGGGCUCUGGUCAAAAGUAAUGCGCUGCACAGUGAAUAGGGUGCUUUUGGGACACAGUCUACAUUUCACAAAAUAUUUAUUUUUGUUAUCAUUCAAUUGUUAAUCAGUUUGCAUAAUGUACAAAAUAAAGUAUAUUUUAAAUAUUUUAAGAGAUAUUUUGUAUUUUACCAUUCUAUUUUAUUUCUCCACACUUUGAUCACAUGUUGAAGUAUCAUAAUGUCUGUACAGUACCAUAAUGAGAGUAUAUAAUUUUCUAGUGCUUAAAAAAAAACUAGAUUGACAUAAAGAGGGAUGACCUUACAUGCAAAGCUGUCUGAAGUGUGCCUUGAUCACACGGUCGUUCUGUUUAGUGACAAGAUGAGGGUUUAUCUUUUUGAGUCUUGAUGGGAAAUUCUGAUCAUGCCAUGAGUUCCUAUUUGUAGUUCUCACAUGCUGUCAGAAAAACAGUUGAACCUUUUUGAUGUUGGACGCUCUUAAUGAUAUUUGAUACAUCAAUCCAUCUCAGCUUUGUUCUUACGUUUAUGGUCUGCUAUAAACUGCAGUGUUCUGGUCAAUUCCAUUUCAAUUCAGGAAGCAAACUCAAUUUUUUUCUCAAUAAUUCAGAAUGGUAAACAUUUUGAAUCAGAAUAUUAGUUCAUGUCUGUAAUUUUCAGUGUAGAAAUGGAAUUGACCCAAACCCCUUCUGACCCGUCAUAUUUUUGUCUUUGUACGUCUUCCAAGCCAAAUCAUGUACUGUUGUUUUGUCGCUGAUUCAUAGCAACAUGUUUAGAAAUAAAAACAAAAAAAUCAAUUAUUUUAUUCAUGCAACUUUAAAUUUCUUUCUACAUUGAGAAAUGUGUUAGAUUUUUAGCCUGCUGUCAGUUAUACAAUGGUUAGUGAAGGGUGUAUAAUGCAUUGAUAAAGGUGCACAUUAAUGCUGUUUGUCAGGUGAACACAUUUACUGUUCAGUCACAUAGUUUUAUAUUGUAUAAUGUGAUGUAGCAUUAUUGCAGUUGUAGCAUUUAAUUGACUUAGAACUUUGUCUUAACUACGCUUCUAUUUCUGACCAACAUAUUUGCAUUUUCUUGAAUAAUCAUGUCGCCUUAGGCAAUUUUGUGCAUUACAUUAUUCUUAGGGCAAUGCCAAAUAAUUACUAAUUGCACAUGUUUCAUAAUAUUUGGUUCUACAAAAACGUAUUCCGCCAUUUCUUAUGCCUGAAGGGUGGCAAUGUUAACUGUGUAACUACAUAGUGACUGCUUUUCAGUUUCAUUUGUGUGCCUGGGUAAUUCAAAAGUCAGGAGAACAGUGAAGUUAGUCCAACAUAAUACAGACUUCCUAAAACGCACAAACUCCCAUUUAAAAUAACCAUAGGCAAAAACUAAAAUGUAAUUCAGUAGUUCAUUGAUGAAUUAGGGUCACCAAUCAACAUGUUUGAUCAAUGUUAUGUUAUUAAAAGAAAACCUGUGGAUAGCUUGGCCACCCGCUUUGGCCGCCUGCGUUUCAUUUGAAUGAAGUAGCCUGCCAUUCUCAAGACUUUUGCUUGACAGUAAGGAAGGUCUCAGGCUUAAGAACUAAACUGCCCCUCGAUCACGCCACUAAAAUGGCCGUUACGGAUCACCCUGUAGCUACUCCCCAUGAAUUGGCAUGCUUGAUUAAACUGGAACUUGGUGUCAUUUGACUUUUUGUACUGCAGGUUAUGUGCAACAUGUAAUUAUGCACACUUGUUGUAAUAUUUUCUAUUUUCAUAUGAGAUUUAAUUCAGUGCUUUUUGUACUCACUGACAUCUUUUUUCUUCCUUGCAUGAAAUGCAACAGAGAGGAGAAAAAAUGUUUUUGCACACAGUGUAUUCGCAUUUGCUACUCUCCAGUAGUCAAAGGAACCAAUGGGCAACCAUUACCUUUCAUAAUUUUAUUUACAAACUAUGCCAAGUAUUUAAAUGCUAUUUUUAGA